CCACUGCCAUUUCUCUAUUCAACUGCCUGCCUCUCAUGGAUUCUUCCUGUCUCUCUCGCUCUUUCACUCUCUUGUAUAGUAAGUAACAUAUAAGAAAUAUGAACUAACACAUUGUACAAUGACUUGGCUUUUCAUGUCAUCUUUAUAAUUUGACAUGUACCUUUUAAACAAGAUCAUGGAUACUCUGAGUUAUUUGAUUAGGCUCAGUGCUUCGUUUCAGUGGGAGCAAUGAAGCUCUGUUUUAAACGAGUGCAGCUGUUACCAAGGUGAUGUCAAUUACGUGCAGACAUACUGUAGGAGAGGGAUUUGUUGUCUUUGGGGAUGAAGGGUGGAGGAGUUCUCAAAAUCAUGUUUUUAGCACAGCUUAUUUGCAAAGCAAAUCUGGAGCACUACAUCAAAGUACGAAACAGAUGAAUGAACUACAUUGUAUUUCAGAGGACCUGAUGAGUGGAUAAUCAGUUCAGUUAAGUGUUAUAGUGCUGGGUUGGAGCAAAAGCCUGCUUACUGUAGGUCUCCAGGACAAGGUUUGGUGAAUACUACUACAGUAUAUCUGAGUUGGGGUUUUUCAAAGAAGCAAUGUUGCCCUCUAGUGAAAAUAGUAUUUAAAAGCAUACUGUUCAACAUUUCCUUUUAAGCUGGUUUACUGGCUGUCUGAAAGAUUUGAUGACAUCAGAAAACUAAGGGUUAAGAACAGUGAGUGAACACACACACAUUUUAAGCAGUCAUCCAUCUCCCCACACUAUGCUCUUAAACUCUUUGCUCCCUAUCCCUCGUUUCCAUAUUAAUAGUAUCAAGGGUGUUUGACUGACGCAUGGCUAAUGAUUUCACAAACACAACUUAAAACAUAACGCCUCCGAAUGAUUGUUUAGUGUACCAAACAUUGCAUGAAAACAAGCUAAUGAAACAACAUUGACAUUUUACCACAUUUAUGAUGGGCUUACUACAGCACACAAGCCUUUCCAAAAAAGCUUUCCAGUCGUGCAAUAAGAAAGUGUUUAUGAUUCCUUCAUUAGAUGAGUUAAACUGCAAUAAAAAAGCCAGAGAAGCUCGAUAAUAAAUGCUCCGCUUCAGAAAAAAAACAUUUUUCUUUGAGGUCUGACCAUUUCCAUCUUCAAAUGGUUCUGGCAGUGUGCAUUACAACUUCUGACUCUGCUGCCAAGGUCAUAUAGCCAUCAACAAAAUACAACUUAGCUGCUAAAUGGUGUUGACUGCGUCGCAAAUGGCACCCAUAGCCCUUGGUCAAAAGUAGGAGUGCCCUAUGGGCUCUGGUCAAAAGAAGUACACUAUAUAGGGUGUCGUUUGAGACACAGCCUGUGACUCAGUUUUUCCAGCCCAGUAGAAAGACGUAAUGAGAGACGAUCAGACCAUGAACAGCACAUUAGAACAGGUGUCGUCGGGACUGAUCACGAUUUACAAGCCGUUUGCAUUUGGCGUAACCCAACCCGGGACAGGCCAGGGGCCCCGAACCGGGCCUGUAUCAAUGUGUUGUUUCAAAGCUACCCAUAAAUAACUGUCUUUGUAUGCCUAUCAAUCACAAAUGUACAUUGUUUGAAUCACUCUUUAAAAAGUCUGUCACAAAUGACAGCUCCAAUAAGCCCCCUAUGGUGAACGAUGCUUGUAGAAUCAUGAUUCUGUCAAGUUUUUAGUUCGCUGCUAGAUGGUCCUGCAUUACUGAAUCAAAUUGUUUAUAAUUUUUGUCAUUUUUUGUUGGGGGGGGGUUACAGGUCCAUUAUCCAUUUACAUUUUUAAGUUUAUGAAACAUGUACCCAUAGGGUGCCAAAAAAGGGGAAAAAAAUAUAAAACAGUAAGAAAUACAUACAGAGUUUAAGUAAUAAUACAUUCAGUAGAAAAAGGAAAAGAAAACACAAAAGAAGUGUUAAUAUGAAAUGAAGAAGCGCAUAAUGAAAUGAAGUGAUCAGUAGAUUUUAGGGGAAAUUGUUAUUUCCUUUGAUUGAUCAAUUGCCUGGUCCAGGGGUUCCAUGGAUAAUAAAAAUAGCAAAGGCGAAAUUGGAUCACCUUGUCUGCUGCUUCCAGUGAUUCUGAAUAGAGCAGAGCAGAUAUUGCCUGUUAUAAUUAUGGCUGAUUCAGUCUUAGUACUGAAUGAGCUAAAAAGACCUGAGUCAGUAAAAAAGAGAUGAACUUGGUUGCGGUGCGUGUGCGCGAUGACGUCUGGUCGUAGUACAUUUUUUUAUGUGAUUUCCUCAUUCAAUAGCAUCGACUGUUCUGGGUUUUUAAUAAUAUGUUUUUAUCAAUUAAAUUAGACUAGUAAUGUCAUUUUUUACGACAUAGCCUAGGCAUUUACAAUCUAUCUAGCACCCAAUCCGUCUUUUGCCCCUUUUUGCAUUGGUCUCAAUCUUAUGUAAAAACAUGCAGAAUUCCUGGGCACUGGCACAUUUAAUUCCCAGUGUGUCCCAUGGCCAUGCCAAUGUCAAAAGUGAGUCUGGAGUGGAAUGUGUUAGUGUGACCACUGCAUGGGGAGUAUUGGCAGGCCAUUGAAAGUUCAGACCCAACCUCAUAAUUUACUCUCCAUUAGCUACAAACUGAGACAGAGUCCUCCUCACGUUUCUGGAGAGUAGAGAGGAGAGGGACUCACAAAUAAGUGGGUCGUCAUCGGAUACAAGGGGAACGGGCCCGGCUUGGGAAACAGAAUAGCCACACGUAGCCAUCUGGGAGAAUCGGUCUCUUAGAAGAAAAAGAAGUUGCUUGACCUUUGCAAAAAAGCAAGGGAGUAAAAGGAACAACACCUUAGAUUCUGUUGCCGCCAAUUCCCUGUGAUGGUGCCAUGGCACACGUGACUGUCACAGUCCAAAUCCCCUAUACCCCUUUAUCCAUUAGUGGUAAGUACUGAGGGGCACUCAAAGCUGUUUUAAUCAGGGGAGGGGGGGGGGGCAUAAAGGAAUUCUUUGUCAGUGAGGAACUAAGACAGGAAUGCAAGAGAAUGGGGAGGCAAGGUGACAAGGAGACAAAGAGGAAUCAGUACAGAUGAUGGAGAGAUAUGACAAUGGAAAGAUGACUAAUAACUGAAGGACAGCAGAUUCUACACUAACUCAAUUCAUCUAUAUACUGUAUUUCAUUGCACAGUAUCUGCACAGCAGGGUACAAUGAAUCCCAGCUAACCAUUCUUAACUUUUGUUCUAGACUGUAGGCUACCUUUUAAGAUACCCUCCUCAUGUUUUUAUAUGAAGAACAUUUCACAAAUGCAUGCCUCAAGUUUCCCCUUGUUAACACACACACACCAAUUUAUACUUUGUAUAGUCUAAAGGGUCAUACUGUACUCUCCCCCUUUUCCGUUGUAUGUAUAAUGUCCUACUAUGACAUUCCCUGUCAUCUACAUUCAUCCCGAUCUCCACAUGUUGUUAUAUUUUACACAGUUGUCCGCUCUGUCCUGACUCAACCAGCCUCAGGUACUGUAUCAAUUUCCAUGACCUUGGUAGGAAGCUAUCUCUGCAGGGGAAUCUCAGUAUAACUGUACUGCCAUUGUUCCUAACGGACCUUCACAUGUUUUACUGUGGUCGUUUCUGGUUACCCCACCCUCUCUUAGUCACCCUGUUACAGUAAAACUUCCCUAGGCACUCUGAGGUGAGAGAGCUCCCUUUUGAGGGGAUAGAAAAUGCCCCUCUUGGCAUCCUUUACCUGCUACGCCGGCUUAAAAUGCUGUAUUUGGCUUGUUUUUGGUUGGACAGAAUAUAUAGUAUCUUGUUUAGUUUACUUAAAAUUACAUAAAUUGAUCCGACAUUUUGAUUGACCCCAGGUCAGGAAAGUACACCUUUUGGAUGAAUCCCAGGGCACCACUAACUGCAAAUCAGUUAGUUGGCUUCGGCUUGUUCAGCUCAAACCUCAGCAACACUCCUCUUCUACCUGAAAGAUAGAAAGCUUCAGGUAACCCUAUAAUCCUCUGUGGUGAAGCACUUUUCUUUGAGAAACAGAGGCAAGGGUGUAUGUGAGAGAGUUAGAAGAAGGGAGAAGGAAGUGACCCCCCCCCCCCCCCCCCCCAGCUGCAAAGAGAGACCAGAAGCUAGCGACCCCUAGCUAGUGGCCCCUCAUUACCUAUGGGUAAAUCUGUGGCCCCCCGGAAAGAAGACACCACUCGACAUUUACCGGCAGCCAUCUGAGAGUACGGGAAAGAAGAAAGCCAAAACAUGCAUUGGCUAAGCUAAGCCUCCCCACCUCCCCUCCACCCUUACCCACCUACAGUACACAUCACAAUACAAGCAGUAUACUGAGGGGACAGGUAAAUAAUCUCAGCGGGGGAAAUAAAAGGCCACCUUCCUGAAUAAUGCGUCACACAGCGGUAGGUGCCCCCUCUAUAUAGGUUACCAUUGCAGUCUGUUGUGGUUGUUUGGUUCUGCUGCUGCUGACUACUGGAUGUGUUUCAUGGCAGAGCAACAAACAAACAGAGAAACAGGACAACAGAGAGACAGAGAUUCAUUCAUCCAUCAUGCAAGUCCUUUCCAGUCUGGCGUUGGUUCUGAAGAACAUUUGGACACUCUCCUUCCUCCGGGACCUUCUGUGUGAAUUUGUGGGCACUGCCCUCUUCCUCUUCGCCAGUCUGGCCUCGGUGGUGCUACGGCCCCAGCUUCCAGCCUGGGAUGGUAGCCUCUCCAGUCCCACCAGUGAUCAUCAUCUCCAUGCCUUGUCCUUCGAGUCAGACCCAUCCUCUCUCUCGGACACCCAGCCCCUCUCAGAGUGCCACCCUGACCCCCUGCAUGUGGCCCUGGCGUUUGGGACCUCUGUGGCUGUGGUAUCUGUGUGCCUGGGUCCUGCUACCUCUGGAGGAGGGGUCCACCUGAACCCGGCUGUGACCCUGGCUCUGGCUGCAGGACUGAGGGUGAGCCCCUGGAGAGCUGUCCUCUACGUGGGGGCACAGCUCCUCGGUGCACUCUGUGCCUGUGCCCUCCUCAUGGGAAUGGUGCCUGCCCCGCUCAGAGGGCAUUUGGGGCUGAACGAGGUGAGUCACGUCUGAUUCAUUUUUAUUUGAUUCUAGGUUGUAGUGAAGUAUUGUUUUUCUGUAGUAUUAUAGCUUCCGAAAAUACAUUAUUAGAAAUGUUUUGCCAAAAACGUCUUUGAAUUUUUGUAUGGGCUUAAUUGAUUAUGGGUGUUGUAAACAUUAUCUAUAAAAUGUUUAUUUUUCCAGGUAGCCUUGGGUGUCCACCCAUGCCAAGCCUUCUCAGUGGAGACAGCCAUCACCUUUCAGCUGGUAGUCUGUGUCCUCACUACGUCUCGACCCAAAUCAGCCUUCCACCUCCUGGGUCCUGUAGUGGUUGGCUUGUCUGUCACUUUGGGAAAUCUAGUAGCGGUAAGGAAGAUGACAGAUCCUAUUUAUGUUAGUUUAAAUUCUGUCUGACCACAAUAGAGUUUCUAUGGGUGAUUUGAUGGAUUUUGUCAAUUAAAACAUUUUGUAGAUCUUUACAUUUGUCCUAUGUCUUAUCUUUUGAUUUCAUGCCCCCCUUCCUCUCUUAUUAUCCCUCUCUCUCUUUACCUUCUACCUCUGACCAGAUUGGGUACACUGGCUGUGGGAUGAAUCCUGCUAGGUCUUUUGGUCCAGCUGUGGUCACUUUAAAAUUUCAUAACCAUUGGGUGAGUCUGGCCAAACACAAGUUGACUAUCUCUCAUUGUGCUCCAUGAAAAUUACAAAAGUAUAUUGACGCUAUUUACUAACAUCACACCACAGUGCACACAUACAAAUCUACUUACAAAAAAAGUAUCUCUCUCCUCUGCAGGUGUAUUGGGUGGGGCCGUGUGUGGGGGCGGUACUUGCUGGCCUACUACAUGACCUGGUGCUCCACCCACGUUGGGGUUGCCCUGGCGACUGGUUGGCUGAGUUUAAGGAACUGUUUCCCAAGGAUCCACUUAAACAGCCCACCAUCUUGGAACACACAGUGGAGUAGAGAUGGAGGCAGUUCUCUUACCAUUCUCUGACCAUUGAUCAAAGGUGACCACACACCAUUCUCUGAUAUCUGACCACUCGCCACUGGUGUACACAAGUGGCCGUGCUAGCUGGGUCCAUCGUUGAGUACCACUGAAUGAAGAAACUCAAAAUGUGUACACAUCUACAGUAUUCAUGCACAUCUACAAUGUAGCUAUGAUAAUAUACUCUGCUGUAUUCUCUGGGAGACUGCUCUCUCCUCUCUUUUCCUGACUGUACUGGCUAGUUUCCUUUCUGGCUAGUUCUGCGAUAGAACUGAACAAAGCACUAAUCCACCAUCUCAGGUUCUUCACAAUCAUGUUGUUUGUCAGCUUGACUUCAUUUUGUGCAUCUUUGUACCUCUCCGAGGUGUUGAACCAUCUGUAGAAGCAGAUAAUUUAUAUUCAGACCAAAGCCUAGACAUUUUAAUGAGUGUCCAAGGGGAUUUCAUUCAGGUCAGUUAAAGUACGGGUACAGUUCUUCAACCAGCUGUGUAAUCAUUCACAAUAUGGGACAGAUCACUAUGAUAUGUGUUUUUAUAUACCACAAUCAUGGGGUUUGUCCUGUUAUACAUAAUUCAAUGACAGCUGUAUGACUCAGUAAAAUGUUCUUUAUUAUAGAAUUAAUUCCACAUUUGUUUUUCACUAAAUUGAAACAGAG